GUGCCGCGAUGGCGGCGGGCGGCGGGGACUCGCGGGCUGGGGACGUGGAGGAAGACGCCUCGCAGUUGAUCUUUCCCAAAGAGUUUGAAACAGCUGAGACACUUCUCAAUUCAGAAGUCCAUAUGCUUCUCGAGCAUCGAAAGCAGCAGAAUGAGAGUGCAGAAGACGAACAGGAGCUCUCAGAAGUCUUCAUGAAAACGUUAAACUACACAGCCCGCUUCAGUCGUUUCAAAAACAGAGAAACCAUUGCCAGUGUCCGCAGCUUGUUGCUCCAGAAAAAGCUUCAUAAGUUUGAAUUGGCGUGUUUGGCUAAUCUGUGUCCAGAGACUGCUGAGGAGUCCAAGGCCCUGAUACCAAGCUUGGAAGGGCGGUUUGAAGAUGAAGAGCUGCAGCAGAUUCUUGAUGAUAUCCAGACAAAGCGUAGUUUUCAGUAUUAAUCUCUGAACAUGCUAGGUGGCACCACAAGCCCAGGAUCUGGGCUGACCUCAGAAAUUCUACUUCAGCGAACAAUUGGACUUCCUUUGGGCAGAACACCACAGCGUGGUUUUGGUGUAGGUUGCUGUUUCAAACUUGACGUUGACCACAGUCUUGGCUCUCAGAAAGGUGAGGUGGGUGAUUUGCAUAUAAAGUCAGCUAUUGACUAUCUCAACCCAAGGUGCUUGGCUCCUUCAUUAUUUUUUCUUUCUUAAUAAUUCAUAUUUUAACUUAUAUGUACUUAAGAGUUUUAGAAAACACCCUAGAACAUGCGAAGCAGCUCACCAUGGAAAACAGUUACAACUAAAGCUAACUGAACUGCGUGUAUGGGGCCGUAGCCUUCAGGUAGACAGGUAGCUUUUCCUUUUUCUUGGGCUGUCUUCACACAAUGUGGAUUUGGAGUACAUGUAUAUCAAAAACUUGCUUUUUAAUAAACAAUGAAAUCUGUA